GACUUUGUAAACUACAACCAUGGCUCCUAGAAGAAGAUUUGAUAAGAAGAACGCCACGACGUUCUCGGUGGUGCACAGGUCACAUGAUGACGAGCUCUAUUUCGACAACGAUGCGUCUCGUCAUGUUCUUGUGCCGGUAGGGGGCAAGCAAAAACCCACUAAGGCAAAUACUCUAAGUGAGCUCGAGGCCACAUUAGGAGAUGAGGCACAGUCCGUAAGGGAUAAUGAAGGGUUGGCCGCCCAGUACGGAAUCUAUUAUGAUGAUUCCAAGUAUGACUACAUGCAGCAUUUGAAACCUAUUGGUCAGUCGGAGGAUGCGGUGUUCAUUGCCAAAAAAGAUACUCCAAAGCCUAAGCCCAAGCAACAGGAUUUGAUGGAGCUUUUAAAAGAUCAAUUACCUUCAGAAACGGGGAAAAAAGUCACCCAGGCCGAUAUGGAAAACAUUCCCCGUGAGCUUCAGGGAUUCAAGCCCAACAUGGACCCCCGGUUGAGAGAAACACUCGAAGCGUUAGAAGAUGAAGCAUAUAUUGAGGACGGUGAGGAUGAUGAUGAUUUUUUCAAUGACAUUUUAAAGUCCGGUACAGCGGCCGAUAUACCUGAAGAGGAGUACGAUGAGUGGGAUAUGGACAACUACCAAGAUGAGUUUGACCAGUAUGACAGUGACAACCAGGACAGAACACCAUACGAAGUGGGUGAUUUGGAACGGCAUGAAUUACCCUACAAUGAAGGUGAAGCCCCGGAAACGGCCAAGAAUGUGGUGCUAAAUACUGCCUGGGAGAAGGACUUUGAGAGGUUUAAGCAGACGCAUCAUAACUCCGAUGACUCAGAUGACUCAGAUGAUGACUUUGAAGAUGACUUUGAAGAAAACGACCAAUUGCCGGAGUUGAAAGAGCUACCACAAAUGGCCCGAGUAAAGAAGUCUGGUACCAAGCUAAGAAAGAAAAAGGGUGCUAUGACCGACACCUCGUCUUUUUCCAUGUCCUCUUCUGCUGUUUUCCGUUCAGAAGGGUUGACAUUAUUGGAUGAUAGAUUUGAGAAGCUCGCAAAGGACUUUGAGAAAGACGAAGCUCCGGAGGAGUACCAGGAAUUCCGUAUGGAAGACGAAAGAAAUGACUUUGAAGACAUGCUUGAUGAUUUCCUUGAUAACUACGAGUUGGAGAAGGGAGGAAGAAAGUUGAUGAAGAAAAAUGACGAAAUGAAAAGACUUCAGAAAGCCUCCGAUGAUGCCUCUAAUACGAAGGUGUCUAGAAGGAGAAAAGAGCAAGAGCCUUCUCUUGUGAACCAAUUUGCCAAGGUAACCUUAUAAUUUUGUAGCUUAAUGUUUGACAAGUCAACGAUUUGC